AUGGAUUUUCAAGAACCAGGACCAUCUGGAAUGAAAAUGUUUUCUCGCAGGCAGUUAUUUGACCUUAUGAGACAACAAAAUUUGCCCAGCAUUACCAAAGGUUUGGAGUUUUUGGAGAAUUAUCUUAUAGGGUACGAUAACUAUUCAGAUGACCAAAUAAAAGAAGAAAAUUUUGAAAUACCAAGAGCAAUACAUAAAACCGGAAGACCGCACAAAACUUUUGAUGGACUAAGUGAAAGAAGUAAAAGAAGAAAAACAGAAGAAAUGCGUGCUAGUGUUGAUUCCCAAAUGUUGACGUUCGCGACACAGGUAAAAUUGCGAUGUGAAGGAAAACGAGACGUUUCAAAAAUUGUGAAAGAAGUAACUGGCUCCCAAACGGAAGCUGAAAAAUAUAAGAAAGCAUACUCUUGUUAUGAAAAGGAGAAGUCACGGAUAACAGUUCUACAAGCGCUCUCAAUGUUUGUGGAAGCAAAUUUAUCCCAAAAACAGUACGAAAUAAUUAGAAGCACUGCUAAAGGUGUCUUUCCUUGCUACAGCUUGUUACAAAAAGCAAAAAAAGACUGCUAUCCUGCCAAAGAGUCCUUUAUUGUAACUGAAACCCUUGCGGAAACUAACUUACAAAGCCUUCUUAACCAUACCGUUGAAAGGCUAUUGAUUUAUUUAGAAGAGGUUCUCCAAAGUUUAGGUCAAGAGGAACGUAAAUCUUUACUGUUGAUUUGCAAAUGGGGGUGUGAUGGAUCACAACAAGCACAAUUCAAGCAAAAGUUUGAGAGCGAAACUGGUUCCGACACAAAUAUUUUUCAAAGUUCUUUUGUACCAUUACAGUUAAUUUGUGAAGUUAAUAAAAAAAUAAUCUGGCAAAAUCCAACCCCAUCUUCGCCACGCUACUGCCGACCUAUAAGGAUUAGAUUUGUUAAAGAAUCUGUCAAUACUACAAAGGAAGAGAUCUCGUAUGUAGAAGAGGCAACAAAUUUACUGGAGCCUACAAGAGUGACACUUUUUCACGCUGAUUUUUCUGUUAGGCAUAAAAUGAUGCUGACCAUGAUCGAUGGAAAAAUCUGCAACGCUGCUACUGAUACCACAUCUACAAUGAAGUGUUACAUAUGCGGUUUAACAUCUAAAGACUUUAACAACCUGCAAAUAAAUCGAGAAGUCAAUACAGAGGUUCUAAAGUUUGGAUUAUCAAUUUUGCAUGCCAGAAUCCGCAUUUUUGAAAGCUUGCUGCAUGUCUCAUACAAAUUAACCAUUAAAAAAUGGCGCUUGCAAUCAGAGGCUGAAAAAGAAACUAUAAAACAAAGAAAGAUCCAGAUUCAGCAUAACUUUAGAAAUCAAAUGGGCUUGAUUGUAGAUAUUCCUAAGCCUGGAUUUGGUUCUACAAAUGACGGAAACACCAGUCGUCGUUUCUUUGCAGAUCCAGAGGCAGCAGCUGAAAUAACGGGAAUUGAUUUUAAUCUAAUAUAUCGUUUUAAGGUGAUACUAGAAACAAUUUCUAGUGGUCAUAGAAUUAAUGAAGAAAAAUUUCAUGAGUAUUGUAUGGAUACUGCCAAGAUAUAUGUUGAUUUAUACCCCUGGCAUCCAAUGACACCCACUAUGCAUAAAAUAUUAAUGCAUAGUGCCACUGUGAUCAAAAAUGCCUUGCUUCCAAUAGGACAGCUUUCCGAAGAAGCAGCAGAAGCUAGGAAUAAACAUUUUCGGCAAUACCGCCAGAAUUUUGCAAGAAAGUUUUCCAGAGUAUCAUGUAAUUUAGAUGUUAUUAAUAGGCUCUUAUUGAGUUCCGAUCCACUUCUAUCAAAGGAACCAAAACUAGCAACCGCUCAAGGACCCGAACCAGCUACUUCAGAACCAUUAACUUCAUCUGGAGCGCCUUUUGUAGCUCCCCGUGCUGCCGCUGAGCCAGCAAAAGAAGAAAAACCAGUAGAAAAAUCACCAGAAGGAAUAUCUGCUGAACCAAUGAAAGUUAUAGUUGGACUUCUUCUAAUUGCCACCGCGUCAUUGGUCUUUCCAUUGGGUGACAGUGAAGUACCGAAACCUCAAGAGCCUCUGAUGAAAGUUAUAAUUGGACUUCUUCUAAUUGCCACCGCGUCAUUGGUUUUUCCAUUGGGUGACAGUGAAGUACCGAAACCUCAAGAGCCUCUGAAAGCCAAAUCCGAUGGAAAAGCACAAGAACAAGCAUUGCCUGCUUCAGAGGAACCAAAACUAGCAACCGCUCAAGGACCCGAACCAGCUACUUCAGAACCAUUAACUUCAUCUGGAGCGCCUUUUGUAGCUCCCCGUGCUGCCGCUGAGCCAGCAAAAGAAGAAAAACCAGUAGAAAAAUCACCAGAAGGAAUAUCUGCUGAACCAGUAGCUCUGCCUCAACCUGCUGCAGUACCUGAAGCAGCUUAA